CGUUCGGACGCCGCGGUUGCUCCUGGUCGCCUUGCGAAUCGAGAGCUGGGGAGGUUCGUUGGUAGCGGGAAGAACAGCCGCCAGCAACUGCCGUCCUCCCUCCUUGCAUUCCAGCAUAGCCCCAAAGGAAGAUCCAGAGCGAAGCAUGGAUGGCGUUGAGAGCCCGGACGCAGCUCCUGCCUCCUCCUCCUCCUCCUCUUCCCCCGAGUCCUCCGAGGAGCUCCGUUCUGCCCUGACCAUGACCAAGGGGCUCUCCAUCUUCCUGGAUAUUCUGAGAAGAGCAGAUAAAAAUGAUGAUGGCAAAUUGUCCUUUGAUGAAUUUAAGGCUUACUUUGCGGAUGGAAUCCUGAGCAUAGAGGAGCUUCAUCAACUGUUUCAGAAGAUUGACAUACACAAUACAGACAACUUGGAAACUGAAGAAUUAUUUGAAUAUUUUUCCCAGCAUCUGGGAGCUUAUGAAAGUGUCCUAUCUGCUUUGGAAGAUCUCAAUGUAGCCAUAUUGAAGGCAAUGGAUACUACAAAGAAAAAUUAUCAAGAGGCUUCUACGUUGGAACAAUUUGUGACUCGCUUCUUGUUAAAAGAAACCCUGAAUCAACUACAGUCUCUACAUAAUUCCCUGGAAUGUGCCAUGGAAACCACGGAAGAACAAACCCAACAACAGCAGCAAGUCCCAAAGAAGCCAGAGGUGCUCAAAAUACAACCCCCAGGAAGACGUUCAGGUCGAAGGUUCCAGAGAAAUAAUAGUUUUUCUCCAGUUAGUCCUCUUUUGAACCCAGGUUUGCACAAGAAGGACAACCAGUGGAUGUCUCAAAUAAACAGACUUCAGAAGCUGAUUGAUAAGCUAGAACAGAAGGACUUAAAGCUCGAGCCACUAGAAGAGGAGGUUUCAGAAGAUAAUACUAAAUCUCAAAUAAUGAUUGUUCAACGUCAGAUGUCAGUAAUCACAGAAGAACUAGAGCCGUUCCGCUUCGCUCUAAAGCAGUACGUAGAUAUGGCCUCUUCUCAGGAUGGAUGUCUGCAUGUUUCUGUCCAGAAACUUUCAGGCAAAUCCUGUUUCAUUGUUUAUGAAUUUUGGAAAAAUAAUGCCUGGAACAGCCAUCUCCAGAUGAAUUAUAGCAAGUCAUUCCAAAGAAGUAAUGUAGAUUGCCUGGAGACUCCUGAACACAUUACAACUAUGCUUGUUCCUGCUUCUUGGUGCAUCCUGAACAACUAGAAGUACAUACUUCUUAAAAGUAAACUCUACAUUAAACAGCAUCUAGAGAAGUCUCUGAAGUUAGCAAAUCAUGACUAUUCCUUCAGGGACAAUUCUUCCUUUUAAAACAAAUCCACGUUGUAAAAUUUAUUGUGAUUAAUAUUGUAUGAAAUGAUACAAAUUCAUUUUAAUUUGAUGGUUAUUUUUUAAAUAAGGUAUUGUGUUACUUGUGUUUAUUAUGCGCAUUUGUGCUUUGUAAAGUUCCCUGAAAAUUCAUUUCUACCAUCGUUUGAAAUUGUUCUGUCUACUAGUAUAUAGUGAUGUUAGUCAGAAAAAGAUUUGUGAAGAAACUAACGUGUUUUACUGUUUUAUAUUAAUAGAAAUAGAAAAAGUUUCAUUAUAUGAUGUUUAUAAAUAAAUCUGUAAGGAAUAGCUAUGUUAACAUCAGACAGAAUAUGAAUACAUAUCUUUGUGUGGAAAUGAUGCUAUGGUUUGGGUUGAAAACCUGAAUAAUUUGCAAUGAACAUUAAACUAUAAACAGA